CUCCACGAUAAGACCAAAGACACUCUUCAACUCCCACAUCAUACUUUGAACACCAAACAAAACACGAUCUUCGCAACAUGAUGUUCUUCAAGUCAGCCUUAACUCUCUCGACGCUGUUGGUCCUGGCAUCCGCGAUGACGCUCGAGCGCAGCGUUCCAGCUCACGAACAGAUGUCCAUUCCGAUGGCCACCGGUGCACAGGCGGGCCGCGCCAAAGCCCCAUCGUUCACGGUCUCCAGAUCAUCCGAUUGCGAGCAGGAGGACGAGGAUGACUGCACAGAGUUCUGCAGCCUCUUGGAGCAGACAGCAACAUGCCGCGCCAACGGAAACAAAGUGACUUGCUUCUGCAAGGGCGGAAAGAGCGAGUCGAACUGCGAAGAGAGAUGUUUGCUGUGCAUGCCCGAUAAGUCAGCUUUGGAGGAGGCGAGUCGCCUCUUUAAGCUCGGGGGACCGAGGAUCGAGGAACUGUAAGUGGGUAGAAUUGGUUGGAUCCAGUGUGUCGCGGAAAUUACGAUGGCAUGAAUUUCUUUGUUCUGAUCACAGACUUUUGCGCCACCCAUGCCGAAUUGUCACCUGAGCGUCGUUGAGGGGAGUCGAGUCGUAGUUAUAGCUGCGGCGUUGCUCACUCAAAGCAGAUAUGGAGAUUUCUCAAACUUGAGCAUACUACUUAUAUAACCUCGACCGACAAUUUAUCCUACUAGAGUCUUUUUUCGUCUUUGAACCUGAGUAGUCGCCACUCUAACCUGAGCUAAGCCCUAAGUCCUAAGCACGCUAAUAAGUCAACUGGGUUUGCUUAGAGAGGUUCUUUUUCGGCCCUCUACGAAUCGGC